CCGGGAGUCCCUCGUCCGCCGUCUAUUUAUCAGGGUCUCCGCUUCCGUCCCCUUGCUCGGUGCAGGAGAGGCAGCCCGCACGUAGGCGGUAUAACCGGAGGACGGCGGGGCAUUCCGGUUACGUCAGUCCCUGAUCUGCUGAAGAAGAUGGUGGAUCGUCUAGCAAACAGUGAAGCUAAUGCGAGGCGUAUAAAUGUAGUAGAAAGCUGCUUUGGAACAGCCGGUCAACCCCUGGCAAUCGAGGGCAGGGUUCUUAUCGGAGAAGGAGUCUUAACCAAGCUCUGCAGAAAGAAACCAAAAGCGAGGCAGUUUUUCCUGUUCAAUGACAUUCUGGUGUAUGGAAAUAUUGUCAUUCAGAAAAAGAAGUACAACAAGCAGCACAUCAUCCCCCUGGAAAACGUUACCAUCGAUUCCAUCCCGGACGAGGGGGAUCUGCGCAACGGAUGGCUUAUCAAAACCCCCACCAAAUCGUUUGCAGUGUACGCAGCCACAGCUACAGAGAAAUCCGAAUGGAUGAACCACAUCAAUAAGUGCGUGUAUGAUUUAAUAUCCAAAAGUGGGAAGACCCCAAGCAAUGAACAUGCUGCCGUCUGGAUCCCCGAUUCUGAGGCUACCACGUGCAUGCGCUGUAAGAAAGUAAAGUUUACGCCCGUCAACCGGAGGCACCACUGCCGGAAAUGCGGGUUUGUUGUUUGUGGACCCUGUUCAGAGAAGAAAUUCCUUUUGCCCAACCAGUCGUCUAAGGCUGUGCGGGUGUGUGAUUUCUGCUAUGACCAUCUGUCUAACGGAGACUUGCUUCCCUGUCAGUCUGGCCGAUCAGACUCCCUCUCCAGUUCUCCCCAAAUGGCAAACCACAUGUCCGAUGACGACGACGAAGACAGCAGUGACUGAAGGAGCUAAGACUCCUCUCGGGAGGACUGGUGAGAGGAAGGAAAAUGAAAUCUAGCUGCUUGUGCUGGGGAAUCCUAUAACCAACCUGGCUUUCAGUGGAGGACUGUGUGCACCCCCAGAUUGGUGAUACUUCUUUGCCUGAGAAUAUUUACCUACAUGUGCCUUGAUAUAACAAUACAAUCAUUUUGGUUCUUUCAGGGAAACCUUUUAUACGCUUUUUUUUUUUUUUUUCUUUUCUGCUCGUUCUUCUGCACCAGCUCCAAUAAUGCGCAGAUAGAAUUAUUUUUUUCUAGAGCUUUUUUUUUUUUUUUUUUUUUCCUUAAAUUCCUAUUUGUUAUCUUUUUACAGAAAGCUAAGGGCGGGGUGGGUUGUUACAAGAAUUUCUGCAAUGUGCCUUUCAGCGCUGAAAUUGGAAAAUUGGCUCCAUUGGUCAUAUAUAUAUCGAAUUUUAUUACUCACCUUGUGUUAAAUGGGAAUUACACCUUGAGAAUCAAGAACCUUCAGAUCCCUUGCAGUGCUAUGUUUCCUAUGGUGUCGGUUAUCGCCUCAGUCCCUGAGAGCAGGUCUCGGGAAUCGUGGCUGAGGAUGCAGCAGUUCGUACAUGGGGAGCUGCAAACUCUAGGUUGGAUAUCGUAUGGCUGGGUUUCAGUCGCGCAUACUCAGACUUUUUUUAUACAGUUUUCUGAGAUAAUCUAAAAAAAUCAUGCAGUGCUGUUCUUCCAGGUAAAACUACAGGUACCGUGAUGACUGACCCCUGUGUAAUUCAGAGAGGAGGGGGGUCAUUGGUGCUGGUGGUAUCAGUCGUACCGCAGAGCUGGUCAACCACAACCGAAUUGUCAGCAGAUCCUUCCUAGGGCCCUGUAGGAUUUGUUCACACAGAGUGAAUUUCACAAGCAAAUUAUGCAGCAAACUACAGUGUUGUACAAGGGAACUCUGUUCACACGUUACCAGAAAAACAGAGGAAGAUUUUAGGACUUCCACAGAAAGUCUAUUGUGGCUGAUUCUAUAGGAAGUAAUAUAGGAAUAAAUGUGCCCAGUGUGAACAAAUGUGUUGUGUGAAUAGGAUUCCCCUACUUUUUUUGUACCAAAAAAGGUGGUACAUGUUGGGGGGGUGUUUCCUCCUUAUUGCUGUGUGCAUGAUUCCUCCCCUAAGGGGCCAUUCACAUGGUAUAUUUUGCCAGCCAUAAGCAACCAGGUGGCAGCACAGAAACCGUUUCCCAUUGUUUUUAGUGCGAGGCUAUAUUGCUGCUCAUGCGGCCACGUUCUUUGCUGCAACCAUGCCACGAAAGUUCACAUCCAUUCUUGUGGCCGUCAACCACUGCCUCCUGGUGAAAAGAUUGGGAGCUGGUUUCUGUGCUGCUGGUUUCUGACUACGUUUGGAUUUGUGCACCAAAUAAUUCCUCCCCUAAAAAUGCCGUGUGAACAGUGUUUGGGUGGUUUCAGGGUUUUUUUCUACAAAAAAAAUGGCACAGGUGUGGUGUCAGUUUUUGAUGCUGUUUUUUUCAGACAAGAGUUGAAGGUCUGAAUGUUUCCAGGAACACUAUCUUUCUAAGGGUCCAUUCACGUGUCCUCAGUGUUUUGCGGAUCCGCAAAACACCAUGCCGGCACCCCAAUAGAAGUGCCU